AUGGACCAACACAAGACCAAAAAAACUUUAAAACUCCUCUGUAGCUAUGGCGGGAAAAUCCUCCCACGUCACACCGACGGUAAUCUCCGUUACGUCGGUGGCCUCACUCGUGUUCUUGCCGUCGAUGCCUCCAUUUCCUUUGCAGAGCUAAUGGUGAAACUCGCGGAGUUCUGUUGCUACUCUGUGGAUUUGAGGUGUCAAUUGCCGGAUGGAGAUUUGGAGACCUUGAUUUCGGUCAAGUCCGACGAGGAGUUAGCUAAUAUCAUCGAAGAGUACGAUCGAGCUUCUUCUUCGUCUCGUCCUCUAAAGAUCAGAGCCAUUCUCUCGCCGCCGAAAUCGCUGAAGCAAAUCUCGCCUCCUAUGUCUAUGGCUACGAGCGGCGGCGAUCUGUCCCCUUCGAAAUCGCUCUUAUCGUUCACCGAUUCGCCUCCGAAACGGUAUGUUUCGCCUCUGAAAGGGUAUGUUUCGCCUCCGAAACGGUAUGUUUCGCCUCUGAAAGGGUAUGUUUCGCCUCCGAAACGGUACGCUUCGCCGCCGAUUGUACAUCCCGGGCCAGUCAGGUUUCAGAAAGGGUCCGGACGUGUUUGCUACUAUCCUUGCCAUGUCCAGAGCAACCCCAGCGACAUGUCUUAUAUUCCUCAUCAUCAUCAUCACCAUCAACAUCGUCAUCCUCACUGCAAUGACUGGCGUUGA